GUGGGCGCCGCCAUUUUGCUUUACCUCAGGCAUGGCGGUGAAGCGGAGCGGCCGUACCGAGGCCGGCUCCGGUUCCAGGCCCCGGUUUAGGGCCGGGGCUCGGGCCCGGUUGGAUCCGGACACUGCUGCUUACUUCAGACGGGCCCUGGAGACCCUGCAGGAGGGGCUGAGCCCGGAGGAGCUCGCCCUCUUCACCCCCAACGUCCUCCACGAGGCCUCUAUGGCCGCCCCCAUUGUGGCCCUGGACCCGGGGGGGUCCCGCUUGCUCGAGGCCCUGCUCCCCACGGCCCCAUUGCCACUUAUGGGGCAGCUCCUGCCCCCUUUGCUGCAGGGGGGGCUGCAGGGCCCUAUGGGGCACCCAUUGGGGGCCCGGGUGCUGGAGGCCGCCCUGCUGCGGGUGCUGAGCGCUAUGGGGCAGGGGGAGGCCGCUAUGGGGCAGGUGGAGGACGCUAUAGGGCGCUUGGGGGUCACGGUGGGGGGGGCGCUGGUGGCCGCAGCCAAGCACCCCCCAAGUAGCUUCGUGGUGCGGGCCCUGCUUAGGGUGCUGGGGGGGGCACCGCAGGAAGGCCGGCCCCCGGGAGGGGCGGGGCUUAAACCCCAAUGGGCGGAGCCAGAGAGCAAGGGGGCGGAGCCAAAGCCGAAGGGGGCGGAGCUUCCUCCCUCCUUCCCCCCCCUCCUGGAGCAGCUGGCAGAGGCCUUUGAGAAGCACCUGCAGUCCCUCCUGUCCCCGCCCUGCGCCAGCCUCUGCCUGCAGGUGGCGCUCGAGGUCCUGCACCGCAGCCAAUCCCCUUCCUGUGCCCGCCUCUGCUGCGCUGUCAUUGGCCAGCUGGCUCCUGGCCCUGGGGGCCUGGUGCCGGCGCUGGAGGACCCCACCCGCAGCCGGGUGCUGGAGGCGGCCAUAGGGGUCAUGACCCCGCCCCUCCUGCGGGAGCUCUACCAAUCAGAGCUCAAGGGGAGGCUGAGGGGCGUGGCCAAUCACCGCGUGGCCAAUCACGGCCUGCAGAGGCUGCUUGACCACACCCCCUAUGACGUGGUGGAGGCGGUGCUCUCCGAACUCGGGCCCUCAUUGGCCGAGCCCCUGACCCGGGGUCACCACGGGGUCCUCACUGCCCUCAUGGGCGCCUGCCGCCGGCAUCCUCCACUGCAGCAGGGGGCGCUAAGGUGCCUGCUCCAGGCUUUCGGCUGCUGGGAGCCAGCCAAUCGGCGCAAGGACUGCGUGCGGAUACUGGCCAAGCUCCGCCCCUUUGAGGGCGGGGCCAAGGAGCCCGAGGGGGAGGAGCUUGAGCUCCCCCUACCGGCCUCGCUCCUGCUCCACCACGUGCUCCACUUCCGGGACCCGGCUCCGGUGCUGGGGGGGCUCCGGUCGCUGCCCCCCCCCUCGCUGCUGGCGCUGGCGCAUGCGCAGCACGGCCGCCGCCUCUGGGGGGCGCUGCUGAGCUCUGCCUCUGUCCGCGCAUGCGUCAAACAGCGCCUCCUGCGGCGGCUGAAGGGGCACUGGGCCUCCCUCGCCUGUCACCGCACCGGCAGCCGCGUCCUCGAGGCCGCCUGGGCCGCGGCCUCCGGCCCCACGCGCGAGGCCAUCGCCAGUGAGCUGGCCGCCCACCAGGGGGCGCUACAGCGCGACCCCUAUGGCCGCCGCGUCGCUCGCGCCAUCGACCUGGAGCGCUUCCUCCGCCAGCGGCCAUCUUGGAGGACCGAGCGCCACCCACCGCCACCAUAGAGAGGGGGGAGGACGCUCUGGACACGCUCAUCUGCUCUGGAGGACCCAGGACUCUAUGGGGGGCACCAUAGAGGGGACGCUCUGGCCACGUCUUGUCUGCUCCCCAUUGGUUUCUAUGGGGUUUGCAAUAGAAAUGGCUUGGGAGCCAGAAGUGAAACA